AUGUACACAACUCUGUGCUCAUGGCAAAAGAAAAAGUAUGAGAAUCUACGUAGUAAGGAUCAAAAGUUACUUGACACCACUUUUAUUCACAUUGGACUCGUUGUCUUUGUUAAUGUUACUAUUAAUUUUUCCUAUCUAGUAAACGAAGAUGAAGAUCUCAAGUCAAUUCAACUAGAUGUACAGUGUUGUGUACGGUGUUUAAUUCAUUGGGAUUAUGGCAAAAGUAUAUAA